AUGGCGCUGACUUGCGACCCAAAAGACCCACGAUCGCCAGAAUGGCUCAAACGCAUCUGUCGAAACCUUCGCUGGAUCCCAUUUGGCUUCAUCCUCGCUUUGAUCGCCUACGCCUAUCUCACCGCCACAAUAUCGCUCGCGCUUCGCUAUCAUCUUGCACGCAAGGGCGAAUGGGUCUCAGCGCUUCUCGAGCUACUACUCUCUUCGGUGUUGGCAGGUGGAGCGAUAUGGGGCUUCCUCGUAGCAGUAUUCAAAGAUCCGGGUUCUCCACUUGAUCGCUCGCGGGAUCAUGAGAGCAGAGGUGCGCUGGAGUCAGCAAGCGAGUACGGGCUUGGCGAGGAGAACGAUGAGAGACAGUCACUGAUGCAAGGGCAGGAGGAGACGCACGCAGAACACGAAUCAGCACGAGCACCGCUGUUGAACGCACCCAUCCCAGGUCAACCACAGUAUCUGGCUCGAUCAGGCCGACAGCAGCUUGACGACCUGCAACGACUCAAAAGUCAGGUUUCUACCAGUGCAGAUGUUGAGCGCCGAUCCAACAUCUGGGUCAAGUCUUCAGGCGAGUCUCGAUGGUGCAACAAGUGUGACGCACCUAAGCCCGAUCGAACACAUCACUGCAGCACCUGCAAACGUUGCGUCCUACGCAUGGACCAUCACUGUCCUUGGCUAGCCAAUCGCUGUGUGGGUCUGCGCAAUCACAAAGGCUUCUUCCUCUUCAUCAGCUACACAGCGCUUUUCUGCGUCUAUUGCUGCCAAGAGACUGCACGGGCGUUGCUCCGAUACGUUGAGUACGAGAACAAUGGCUUCGAGACCAGUCCGAUCUCAUGGGCUGUCGUGCUAUUUCUGGGCUUCAUCUUCGGAGCGAGCCUGGUACCGUUCGCCGGAUAUCAUGCUUGGCUGAUCUGCAAGAACAGGACUACAAUCGAGAGUAUGGAGGGGUCAGGAAGGAUCAGAUUACGGUCCAAGAAGAAUCCGGCACGGCCAAGAGUCGAGGACCGUUUGCGAGGCAUUGCGAGGAACUCGAUUGACACUCAGCGCAGAGUAGCCGAAGAGCCAAGGCAAAGCGGCGGGAGGAGGGAAGCACGCGGAUGGCGAUCAGACGAGCAUCUCACCCGCGAAGAGCGCAAAGCUCUGAAAAAGGCAAGCAAGCUCAACCUAUACGACGUUGGAGCAGGCAGCAACUGGCGACAGAUCAUGGGCGAUGUCUGGUAUCUCUGGUUUGUUCCGGUUGGUGAGCCUCUUACAGACGGAUUCUCCUUCUUGGUUCAGACGCGUACGAUGAAGAAGCUGGAGGAGAUCACUGCCUCUGUUCGUGUUACAGAAGAUGAAAGGGAGCGCCGUCGAGAGCGAGACGAUCGACCAUCACACGACGAGACUGAUGGGGAAGAGGACGAUGAUGACUCAGUGUACGGAGGCAGAUCUCGGCCUGCGACACGCUUCGGGUAUUCCGAAAAUGAUGACAGGCGUGCACCAGGCAUGACCGGACAGCAGGAUACACCAGCGAUACCGUAUGAGACCGGGCUUGACAGGAAACCAGGUCAAAAGUUCAAGGGAGCACACGGAGAAAUGGAGUGGGGAGAUGCACCCAAGAAGUCGUUCGUCCUCUUCGGCAUCGACGAUGAUGACGAUGAACGAGCUUGA